AUGGCGUUUCUUGUUGCUUCUGAUGCUCUUUUUCAGACGGCAUUUCCAAUCCAAUUUGCAGUAACGAUUAUCGGCAAUUCAUUGACUCUUUCAGUACUGCUCAGCCCCAGCAUGCGGAAUCGGGCGAACCAUCUGUUAGCCACACUUGCAUUCGCGGAUAUUGGUGUGUUUGUGUUUAUGCUGCCCAACAGCUUAUCCUCAUUUCGGUUGUUUUAUGAAAGCAUAUCAUUUCGCAUAUUUUAUGCAUAUUCAAAAGCGCAUUUCGCCGCAUUAGCAAACUGGUUUUCCUGCGCUGCCAUUUGGAUUGUGCUGGCGGUUUCUGUUGAACGAUUGCUAGUUAUCAAAUUCCCAUUUAGAUCGUUAAAACAGUACCAAACAGUGGAAUCAGUAGUAAUCGGAUCAACCAUAUUUGGACUGACAUUGGCGCUGACUAGUUAUCACCACUUUUCGUAUCGAUGCGCACUGCGAUGGGUUUGCAACAUGAGUCAAGUAUACAUCCGAUGCCUUCCAGUAACAUGGAAUUGGACUGCAUUUGGACUUGGACCACAUAUCCAGCCUUCUGCUACACUAACCUCGUACAUUAAUACGAGUGUCAUCGCGAAUGCCCUCCUCGGAGUUAUAAUGCCUGUAUUUGUUGUUGCUUUUCUCAAUUUAUCCCUUAUCCGCUUGUUGCGAAUUAGAACCCAGCAGGUUCCUUUUGGCACUCUUGCAUAUUUAUAUAUUUUGCAUCACUGUUGCAGCGCAAAAAUGCGGCAAACAAAGUCUAAGACUUAAGU